AUGGAUUCGAAAAGAAUUGAUGAUUUAAAUGAUGAUAUAACAGAAUUAAAUAAAUUAUUAUCUCUAACAACAAGAGAAAAUGUAAAAAAAAAAAUAAACCAUUGCAUUGAAAAUAUUAAUGCUGAAAUAAUAAAGUUAAAAACUGAAGGAAGCCAAUCUCCAAAUAAAAUAAAUGAUGUAAAUUUGCCAUUAGAUGACAGCAACAUUUCUUAUAAUUCUGUUCAGUCUUUUGCUUGGAAUCAAGAAGGAAAUAAAGUUACAAUUUUUUUAACUGUUAAAAAUGUACAUAAUAUUGAAAAAGAAAAAAUUGUUACAGAAUUUGAUGAGAGAUCUUUUGAAAUAAAGAUGCACGAUGUAGAUAAAAAAAAUUAUCGUUUUUGUGUUAAAAAAUUGCAUGAAAAAAUAUUACCAAAAAAAUGUUCUAUAAAAGUUAAAAAGGAUUCUGUACAUGUAAAUUUAAUCAAACAAGAUAAUAAAUAUUGGGAUAAUCUUCAUUUUAAAGAAUCUCCUAUGUCUAAAAUUAAAGCACCUAAAAUUGAUGAACAAACUGAACCUUCAGCUAUGCUAAUGAAUAUGAUGAAACAAUUAUAUCAAGAAGGAGAUAGUGAAAUGAAAAGAACUAUAGCCAAAGCUUGGUGUGAAGCUAAUGAAAAAAAGUCAGAUUUCUCUGUACCAAAUUUUUAA